AUGGCUCACAGUACUGAACACGACCUCAAUUGCUUAACCAUUGCGGAGCUCGAGAAGAUAGCUCGAGACCGUAUGGACAAGCAAACACGAGACUACUAUAACGAAGGAGCCGACAGCGGUAGCACCUUAGCCGAAAACCAAUCUGCCUACAACAAAUAUCGCAUCCGGCCUCGCGUGCUUCGUGACGUUUCAAGGAUCGAUACUUCAGUGCCAAUCUUUGGUCAGCGGAAUGCCAUCCCAAUGGGCGUGGCACCAACUGCUAUGCAGCGACUAGCACAUAGUGAGGGAGAAAUUGCCACAGCUCGAGCUUGCGCCAAGGCAGGCAUUGUCAUGGGCCUGUCGAGCUUCAGCACAACUACACUCGAAGACGUUGCAGAGGCAAGUGGACACAACGCGAAUGUUCUGCAACUAUACCUGUUCGAGGAGAAGCAGCACUCGAUUGAGCUCAUCGAGAGGGCGAAGAAAGCUGGAUAUAAGGCUGUGCUGCUGACCGUGGAUACUCCUUACCUUGGUAGACGGAAUCUGGAGAUUAGAAAUCAGUUCAAAUUACCUGCACACCUCAAGAUUGCAAAUUUCGCUGAGAACCCUGACGAUAUGGAAGAGAUAGAAAACGAGAGCGGAGAUAGUCAGGAAAGCCAACAGGCUAAGAAGACAAGGCGGAGAAGGGCAAGCUCUAUUGGAUACCAGAACGGAGAGAGGAGAGUCGCGCCUACAGGUCCUAUCACCUUCCAUUCGCAUGCGCCGAAUCCUUUGCUGAGUUGGGAAGAUAGUAUACCUUGGUUGAAGGAGGUGGCACACCCUAUGGAAGUUUGGGUCAAGGGUAUUGCGACUGGUGAGGAUGCACUACUGGCCAUUCACCACAAGGUUGAUGGUAUUGUUGUAUCGAAUCAUGGUGGCCGCCAGCUAAAUGGAGCUCUGGCUACUCUGGACGCCCUGCCCGAGGUAGUUGAGGCUGUGAACAAGAGGGUGCCUGUCCACGUCGAUGGAGGCAUCAGGCACGGUACGGACAUCUUCAAAGCACUUGCACUGGGAGCAGACUUUUGCUGGAUCGGUCGUCCUGUGUUAUGGGGUCUCGCUUAUAAAGGUGAAGAAGGUGUUGCAUUGGCUCUGAGACUGUUGUCAGACGAGUUCAGGUUAUGCAUGAGUCUGGCUGGUGUGACGAGGGUGAGCGAUAUUAGCAAGGAGUAUCUUGUCAAAAUGAACCGAGAUGGAUUCGUGAGCAGAUUGUGA